UAAUCUAUGUAUUUAUUUUGAUUCAAGACCAUUAGUGAAUUUAUCUAAAUUUUUUUUGGUUCUGUAUAAGAUAAGUUGUUUUAUAUCUAACAAUAAUAACAAAUAAAAAAAUGCACGAAGAAAUAAAAAUGAAAAAAUUGCACGAGCUUCAAGUUUUUCCAGACUUUGCCCAACAACAUAUUAUGAACUUAUUUUUGCCAACUAUUCACAACUCAAUGCAAAAAAGAAAUAGUUUGUUUGGUACAACCUUGUCUUUGACAUUUCAUCAGGCAGCUCGUGACGGUCAAUAUGAUAUUGUGAAAAAAUAUAUAAACUUAUAUGGUAAAGACAAAAAAAAAAUUAACAAUAAAGAUGAUGAACAAACAUCUGCACUUCAUUAUGCUGUUCGCUAUGGACAUAUUUCUAUAGUUAAACUCCUUGUUGAAAAUGGAGCAAAUGUGAACAUUAAAGGUGAAUACAAUGCAAGUCCGUUGCAUUAUGCGUCAAGAUACAUCAUCGAAAACAAGAAACCACAAAGUUUUAAACCUGAAGUUGAAAAAGAAAUAACUCCUAGUAAAAAAUACAAUCUUCAUUUUAAGAUUAAUAAAUUAAGUAGUACAAGCAACACAUCAAUUUUCAAAAGUGCUAAAAUUGCUUUUAAAAACAGUAAAAAAAAACUGCAAAAUUUAAGCUCCUCAACACAAAAUAAGAUUGUAUUAAAUAAUUCAUCAGAGAUAUGCAGUAGUCUUCCUUGUAGCUCUAAAAUGGAUGUUGAACAAGCUGAUAAAAAUCCUUUCAAGUUGAAUAAAGAUUUAGAUCAUGGAAAAUAUCAUUGCAAUACCUAUGAGCAUAUAGAAACCAAAUCUAAAAUGAAAGUUGUUAUGAUACACGAUGAGCUCACUCAAAGUGAAUUGGUUUUUAUAAAAAAUGUUGAUGCCCUUAUUUUACCUUCUGUUAAAAUUUCUGCUUCAUCAGAAAUAUUAGUGAAAUCAAUUUCUUUAAGAGAUAAGUUGAAUGAGAUAGGCGUAGAGAAGUCUAUUCAUUUUUUAGAUGAACUUUUUAAAGAAAAUAACUCAAACAAGGAAGAAUCAAAGAAUUUAACAAUUCAAGACACAUUUAAAGAAGAUUCUAUUCUCAAGUAUCUUUUAGAUCAAAAGCCAGAUAUAAAUGCUAGAGAUUUUUAUGAAUCUACCCCUCUUCAUUAUGCUGUCAUGAGAGGAAAUAAAUAUGCUACAGAGUUAUUAUUAGCACAAAAAAACGUAAACUUUGAGGCAAUUGAUCAAUCCAGAAUGACUCCUCUUCAUUGUGCAGCCCUGUUUGGAUCAUAUGAUAUUUGUUCUUUGCUUCUAAAACGUGGUUCUAACAUUUUAUGUAGAGAGAAAGAAAACAUGACUCCUCUUCAUUUUGCAGCAAGAGAAGGUCAUUUUAAUAUUGUGAAACUAUUUCUAGACCAUGCAACAAAACAAGGUGGUGUUCCAAUGUUAGCUAAAUUACUUUAUUCAUGUGAUCAAGAUGAGCAAACAGCAUUUCAUUUAGCUGUUGAAAAGAAUCACAUUGAAAUUGUUGAUUUGUUUAUCAAAAAUAAUUGUAAAGUCAAUUCAACAAAUAUAAACAUGAUUUCUCCUCUUCAUGUAGCUUGUACUUCAGGAUUUAUUGAAUUAGUAAAACUUCUUGUUGAUAAUGGUGCUAUUGUUGAAUCCAAAAAUUUGCUGAAGGAAACACCUUUGCAUCGUGCAGCCAUGUUUAACCGUGUAGAGAUUAUAGACUAUUUGUUAUCCAAAGGUGCUCAAAUUGAUUGUCGAGAUAAAGACAAUGAAACACCUUUACUUAUGGCUGUACGUAAAAAUAAUGUUGAGGCAGUGAAGGUUUUAUUAGACUGGUUUGCAGACAUAACUGUAAAAGAUUUAAAUGAUAAAACAUGCAUGUUCAUUGCUGCUGAAGCAAAUUGCAAAGAUGUGUUUGAGAUUUUAUGUCAAUAUGGUGCUCAAAUUCUGAUAGAAGACUUUGAUAAGUAUGAAAUGACACCAUUGCAUAUUGCUGCCAAAGAGGGUCAUGAAGUUAUUGUUCAGGCUCUUUUGAACUUGGGAGCUAAGAUUGAUGCAAAAAGUGAAGAAAAUCUCACUCCACUUCAUUUAGCAGCAAAAUAUGGGCGUUGCAGGGUUGUUGAAAUAUUGUUAUCAAUUGUUUCAAGUAUUGUAAAAGAUGUUGAUAUUUCUUCAAAUACACCACUUCAUCUUGCCGCAAUUGAAGGACAUGUUGCAGUUGUUGAUAUGCUAAUUAAAUCUGGUGCUGCUGUUGAUGUGAGAAAUUCAGGAAAUUGGACACCAUUAGAUUGCGCUGCUUUUCAUGGAUGGACCAAUUGUGUACAAUCCUUGUUAAAUGCUGAUUCCCUUGUUAAUCCUAUUGAAAAAGAAAUGGUAAGCCCUUUACAGUUAGCCUGCAAGAAAGGGCAUGUUGAUGUCGUGAAACUUUUGUUGUCUAGAAAUGCUGAUGUUUCUUGGAAAGACCAUUUAGGAAGGAAUUGUUUAGACUAUGCAAUUGACAGCAAACAAAGGGAGACAGCAAUUACAAUAAUCAGUAACAACAAUUGGAAAAUGGCUUUACAUAAUACAACUUUUGAAGGAAAUGAGCUUACAACACCAAUGAGAAAAAUGAUUAAAAAACUUCCUGAUGUUGCUGAACAAGUAUUUAAUCAAUGUAUCAAAGGAAAUGGUUUACCAGCUGAUCAUCCUGAAUAUAAAGUAACAUACUGUUUUGAAUUACUUGAAGAUCUGUUUUGUUCGUGGGGACCAAACUCGUUAAAGUUUAGUGAGAACAAACAGCAUGAAAACAAUGAUCUACCUGCAAGCAAAUCAUCAUUAGGAGAACAGUUUAUUAAAAAAGUAAAAAAUAAUUUGGGAUUUAAAAAUAUCAAUGCAGAACCAAAUCACACUUUAGAAGUUAUGAUAAAACAUCAUCGUGACAGGCUUUUAUGCCAUCCACUGGUCACCUAUUUACUAAGAAGCAAGUGGAGAUUGUGUGGGAGAUAUAUCUAUUAUUUUAGAUUACUACUAUAUUUAUUGUUCUUGUUCUAUGUAACCAGUUAUGCAUUAGUGUUACGUGUUGAUGAGCAUCAAAAUUUGUGUAAAAGUCACAGCAUUAUGAUCUCUAAUUGUUCAAAAAAUCUCGCUGGUUUUAAUUCAAACUGUCCAAUAUUAAACAAUAGUUUAAACUUUUUGAUACCAACUACUGAUUUACAUUGUUUAAAUGACGCUACUGAUAUAAUUUCAAGUUGUUCAACACUAUCUGUCGAUUUAAAUUCUACCUGUUUAAUAAAUGUAACUCAGUGCUGUUGUUGCUCUCAAAACUUUCCUCCUAGUUUAAAGUAUUUCAUUGAUCCAGGGAGAAAGAUUGCACUUGGUUUGACUGCCUUGUGUUUAGCAAUUGAGCUGUUAAAACUUCUGUACGAGGUUAACCAUUACUUUCGCAUUGAAAAGACUAUUGAAUUGGCUGCCUAUAUAUGCUCAAUAGUUUAUACUCACAAGCCAUACACUUGGGAAUCAAAUGAUUUAUCAUCAAUAAGAUGCUCAGGGAUUUAUGAUAGUCUAGGAGGUCCUACAAUUACUUUAUCGUGGCUGGUUUUAGUGAUGUUUUUAAGGCAGUUUCCUAAACUUGGAAUAUAUGUGGUGAUGUUUACUACAGUUUUUAAAAGCUUUCUACUGUUUUCAGUGCUUGGUUUUUUGCUUGCUGUUUGUUUUGGGCUUGCUCUUCAUUUACUUUUGUAUCAAGAGAGCCCAAAUUCAUUUCAUACACCAUCACGAUCAAUUCUGAAAGCUGUAAUGGGAAUGUUGGGAGAGUAUAAUUAUGACAAUUAUUUUAAUUCUAUUAACCAUCCAGUAAAACCUUUGAAUGUUACUUGGCUGAUUUAUUAUGUGUAUGUAUUUGUUGCUUGUCUGGCAAUGACAAAAUUUUUGAUCGCAUUGGCUGUUGAUGACAUUGUUGGUGUUCAAAAACAGGCUUUUCUUAAUAAAUUAAUAAUGCUGGUAGAUCUUACAUUAAAUGUUGAAAAAGCUUUACCAGUAUCAAUACGAAGAAAGUUAGUUAAAACUGAAGAAUCAAUUUAUCCCAACAUGCAAAAAACCUGGAGUUUCUGGUCAUUUUGGUCUGUUGAAGAAAAUAUUAGUUCAGAUAAAAAGGGCGAUCUUAAAAUCAUUAAUAACGAACACACAAGAUUAAAAGAAAAAGUUUAUAGUUUACGAACUAGAAUGAAAGCAAUGGAGGCGCAAAAUAAUCGAAUUGAGACAAAACUGAAUUUUGUUGUCAAACGUCUCGCCGUCAACAAAUAGUUUUCGAGAAAUUAAUUUUUUUUAGACAGUAUAUAUAUAUAUAUUUUGUAUA